AUGCAGGCUGAGCGCAAACGUCAACGUGCCGCGCAAGGAUCUGCUCCCAAGGAGGAACCCAAGCCGGAACCCGCUGCUAAGCAAUCAAAAGAUGCCGAGACAAAGUCUGAACCUGCUGCAAAGGCUCACAAGGCCGACGAGCCCAUGAGCGAAGCCGAGAGAAUCUACCAGGCGACCGCUGCUCGCGAUGCUGGUGCUUACCAGCCCGACCCUGAAGCUGAGGCCGCUAAGAAGGCGAAGGAAGCUGGAGCCGAGGGCGAAGCAGCUGAAGGUGAAGGCGAAGGCGAGGCUGCUGGAAAGAAGGAAAAGAAGGACAACAAGCCUCCCCCACCAAAGCACGGCAACAAGACCCCAUGGCAGGUCUUUACCGAGACCUUGAAUGCAGAGUUCAAGGAGAGCAAGGAGUGGAACGAGGGAACCAAGCAGUUGUCCGGAAGCAUCCACGACUUUACAGAGAACCCCAAUGUGCAAAAGGCCCGCGCAGCAUACGAGAAGAGUACUGGUGCUCUUUCAUCGGCUGCUGGUAGCACAAUCAAGACUACCGCUGGAGCUAUUGGCAAGAGUGCCGCCUGGACCUGGGACACCAAUGUCGUCAAGGGUAUCAGAUACGGUGCUGGUGCAGUUGGCUCAGGACUGGAGAAGGCCACCCGCCCCGUCAGAGAGACUGAGGCUUUCAAGAACGUCAAGGAGGUCAUUGAUGAUGGCAGCUCAUCGCGCUAUGGUGGUUGGGUCGAGAAGGAGGAGCGCAGAAAGCGCAGAGAGGCAAGAGAAGCAAAGGACAUUGCCGAGGGUCGCAGACCUGCAGGCGAGCCCUUGGUCGAGGAUCCCGAUGCUGGAGUCAACGUCACCGUUCACAAGGAUGCCGCCUGGAAAGAGUCAUGGCGUGAGUUCCGCGACAACAGCAAGACGAUGCAACGCCUCUUUGCCUUCAAGUCAACCUACGCCGAGUCAGAGAACCCUUUGAUCUCCACCGCCCGCAGUAUCAGCGAUCGCGUCGCUGGCUUCUUCGCCGAAAACGAGACGGCCAAGGUCAUCAAGAAGUUCCGUGAGAUGGAUCCUAGCUUCCAGAUGGAGCCUUGGUUACAAGAGAUGCGCGAGUACAUCCUUCCUGAAGUUCUCGAUGCCUACGUCAAGGGCGACACCGAAGUUCUGAAGCAAUGGUUGAGCGCGGCACAAUACCAGGUUUACGCCGCUCUGAUGCAGCAGUACACUCAACACGGUCUCGUCUCUGAUGGCCGCAUCCUGGAUAUUCGUAACGUUGACGUACUGAACGCCCGUCUGCUGGAGCCUGGAGACAUCCCCGUCUUCGUCAUCAUGUGCCGUACACAAGAGGUGCACGUCUACAAGAACAAGAAGACCGGCCAACUCGCUUCUGGUAUGGAAGACAAGGUCCAACAAGUCACAUACGCCAUUGGUGUGACCAGACUCCCCGAAGAUGUCCACAACCCCGAGACCCGCGGAUGGAGGCUAAUUGAGCUCCAGAAGAGCGCAAGAGAAUACAUCUAA